AUGCCGGAGACUAGUAAACGUCCAUCAAUUCUGAGGGACGCCCUUGGACGUGAUCCAUUGGUGAAUAUGCGCGUGAAUAACACUGGAAUAGUAAGUCCAAUAAGACGAUCAUAUCAACAAUCAAAUAAGGCGUGGCAAAUAUCAAAGUCACCCUCGAGGAUUCCUUCCUCCCCAGCGAAGCCUUUAUCUAGGACCAGACUACAUAGGGAAACUGGGAUAGUUUCCCCCAGCAGACUGAAAAAUGUGGCAAUGUCAAAAGUGUCCUCUUCACCUUUACAGAUCAAGCAAACCACAUUAGAGGAUUUCGAAAUUGGCAAAAAAUUGGGAAAAGGCAAAUUUGGUAAAGUGUAUUGUGUUAAACACAAGAAAAGUGGGUUUAUAUGUGCUUUAAAAGCUAUGGAGAAGAAUGAGAUUAUUCAAUACAAUCUCCAAAAGCAAGUUAGAAGAGAAAUUGAAAUUCAAACAAUAUUGAACCAUCCAAACCUUACGAAACUAUAUUCAUUCUUCCAUGAUGAAAAGAGAAUCUACAUUGUUAUGGAAUAUCUAAUUCAGGGCGAACUGUAUAAACUUUUACAAUCUCACGGUCCGUUCAACGACGUACUGGCUUCGAACUAUGUCUACCAAAUUGCAGAUGCUCUCGAUUAUCUUCAUCAGAAGCAUAUCAUUCAUAGAGAUAUUAAGCCGGAAAAUAUACUAAUUGGAUUCAAUAAUACCGUCAAAUUAACGGAUUUUGGCUGGAGUAUAAUCAAUCCUAAGGGUAUACGAAGGAAGACGUUAUGUGGGACAAUCGACUAUCUUUCUCCCGAAAUUAUUACGUCAAAAGAGUAUGAUCACACGGUGGAUAUUUGGGCAUUAGGUGUUCUGGCAUACGAAUUGGUCGUGGGAUCGCCAGCUUUCGAGGAAGAAACCAAAGAGAUGACAUAUAAGAGAAUCGUCAAGGGUGAACUAAAAUUUCCUGAACACUUGCCGAACAUUGUCAGAGAUCUGAUACAGCGAAUCCUAGUUAUUGAGCCCAGCAAGAGAAUGUCACUGAAGGAAAUCAAACGCCAUCCAUGGAUCCUCAAAAACAAACCACUAUGGUAA